GUAUCUCUUAAGUAUAGUUCAGGGGGAAAAUGACAUGAGAUGUCUUGGAAAAUCGAUAUCUUACACAACCUUGUUAUGAAGUAGUCUAAAAGAGUGAAUUUUUAAUAAAGGCUACUGCUUUAGCCUUUAGCAAAGAUUGUAAAUCAUAUAAGAAGUUGUAGCUGAAAAAAUCAACAAAAAGACAUUUUAAAUUAGUAUCGUGAUUUAAUCAACACUAAAAUAUUUCAACCAACCAUUUCGUACUGUUCAAUAACGCUUAAUUGCCUACCAAUUUAGUAUUGAUAAGAAAAUUUUCUGGUCCAGCCGCAGUAUAAUUUUUAAAUCCUUAAUUUUUGCAAAUGGCCGAGAGAGAAGUAAAACAAAUUUGUAUAGUAGUGAGUCUAUUGGAUUCGCAGAUGUAACCCAACUAGUCUUGGUUCAUAACGAUGGAGAAAGAGAGGGAGGGAGGGAGGGGACUUCCAUUUCUGACAAAAGCUCCUCGUUUGCAUCAAACCGUAACCGUCCAUCCCAAGAAUUCAAUGAUAUUUCAUGUGUGUUGAUGACAGAUUCUACAGCCUGACACCCACACUGCUUAUAAUUAAUGUCUUCAAAACCUUUUUUUUUCUUUUCUUCUUCCAAAUUUCAAAUACAAAUGCAGUAAAAUCACAAUAAACCAGAAGUUACGUAUCGCGUUGUGUUUGCUUAACCCGUAAAACAUACGCUUAUAUGAAUCACAUCGAUCUAUGGUUUGAUCUCACAAACACUUGAUAAAUAGUGGAUAAAGGAAUUUUACAUUCUCUUAAAAAGGUUGUAAUGUAUUUAAUAUUUAGUGAUUUAGUCCAAGCAUUCAUGCAUCCAAUUUUAUGACAGUAUCAGUUACGAAAACAUUUUGGUAAUAAUGGACCCAAUUCAGUACAGUCAAUGAAGGUAAACCACAUUUGUCAUUAAAUAGUUAGACACGUGUCCUUACAAAAUCGGAAUCUUCCAAAAGUGCUUCUCUACCUGCAACUCAAAUCUCAUCCCAGAAUCAUAAACAACCUUCCUUCUUCUUCUCUCUUCCUUCCUAAAGGAAUUCCAUCGAAUGCUCAAAAGAAAUGGAAGUUGAAGAAGCUGAAACAAGGCGUCAACAAUCAUCAUCAUCCUCAACUACUACACUCGUAAUUCUCACAGCGGCUUUCCUCCCAGUUUCCUUGCUCAUCGCUUCCGUCUUCUUCUUCAACAACAAUCACAGCAUCAUCCAUGGCUUCUCUCCACCUUCAAGCUUUCUAACAUGGAGCAGCAACCAAGCUGCACCCAAUCUCCCAAACGGGAGCCGCCAUAGUAGCAGUCUUUUGGAGAAAGCUUGUGCAGUGACAAGGGAUCCGAAGCUGGAGAAAGUAGAAGCAAGUCUAGCCAUGGCCAGAGCUCUGAUCAAAGAAGCUGCUGCCACGUUGAACUGCACUACUGCAUCGUCAGCUCUACAUCAAGACUCGGACUAUGUUCCAUUCGGCGACGUUUACAGGAACCCUUGUGCGUUUCACCGAAGCUACUUACUGAUGGAGAAAAUGUUCAAGAUCUUCGUCUACCAAGAAGGCGAUCCGCCAUUGUUCCACGACGGGCCCUGUAAGAGCAUCUACUCCAUGGAAGGCCUGUUCCUCAGCUUCAUCGAAACCGAUCACACCAAUUUCACAACCAACAAUCCCGAUGAAGCCCACGUAUACUUCCUCCCCUUCAGCGUCGUCAAGAUCAUCGAGCACCUCUUCCAUCCAGUCGUUCGAGACAAAGCCGUCCUCGAGCGCACCGUAGUUGACUACGUCCACAUCAUAUCCGAUAAAUACCCCUUUUGGAACAGGAGCCUCGGGGCGGACCAUUUCAUGAUCUCCUGCCACGAUUGGGGGCCACGAGCGACUUGGUAUGAAAAGAAACUGUACUACAACUCCAUCAGGGUACUCUGCAACGCCAACACGUCGGAACAUUUCAACCCGAAAAAAGACGCAUCAUUUCCAGAAAUCAACCUGGUGUCAGGGGAAAUUCCUGACAGUACUACUGUCACGUCAUCAGGAUCUGAGAAUCGGACGAAUCUCGCGUUCUUCGCUGGCAGGAUGCACGGAAAGAUCAGGCCGCUGCUCUUCAGGCACUGGAAGGAGAAGGAUCCCGACGUCCUGGUGUACGAGACGCUUCCUGAGGGCGUUUCGUACCAGGAAAUGAUGAGGAAGAGCAGGUUCUGUCUGUGUCCGAGUGGGCACGAAGUUGCGAGCCCCAGGAUUCCCGAGGCGAUCUACGCAGGCUGCGUCCCGGUGUUGAUUUCAAGGAACUACGUGGCUCCUUUUAGUGAUGUGCUGAAUUGGGAGGCGUUCUCGGUUCAGGUUUCGGUGGAAGGGAUCGAGGACCUGAAGGAGAUCCUGAUGGGGAUUCCUGAAGGGAGGUAUUUGGAAUUGGUGAGGAAUGUGGAGCAGGUGAGGAGGCAUUUUGAGGUGAAUGAUCCUCCCAGGAGAUUUGAUGUGUUUCAUAUGAUUCUGCAUUCUGUCUGGUUGAGAAGGCUGAAUUUCAGAAUCCCCAGUUGAAGAGAGGGAAACAAGAUGCAAAUUAUAUCUUACUGACAGAGUGUAGUUGAACAGCUUAUUACAGGAUGAACUUACAAAUAGAAAGCCAUCACAAAAUCACAUUAUAUAUUUCCUUGGAGUAGGGUCAGCACUUCAAGUCAAACCUAAGAUUUGCUCUGGAUUGAGUCAACAACUUUUUAUAUAGCUUAAUUGGUGUAUCACACGUGGUCAACAGGUUUUGUCAAAAACAAAACCACCUGGUCAAC